CCCUGCCGCAGCCCUCGGAGGCGGCCACCGGGCCCGUCAACCGGCUGGACAGCCUCGUGUUCGGCACUGGCGGUGGCGUCGCAGAGGACGAGGUUGACGAGAGCAGAGGGCCGCAGGUAGACGGAGAAGCAAGUGUAGGGCUGGACGCGGAGGAACGAGACCGAGACGUGCGACAUGAGGGGGACGAGGAGGAGGACGAGGAAGAAGAAGAGGAGGAGGAGGAGGAGGAGGAAGAAGAGGAAGAGGAGGAGGAGGACCUCAUCCCCGAGUUCGGCGUGACGGCCGUGGUGGGCUGCGAGGCCUUCUUCCCCUACCACUGGGGGCUGGCCUCACACCUCGACCCCAUCGGGGAGGAGGACGAGAACAGGUGCGAAGAGGACACCGCAGCCGGCGGUCGCGCGCCCACCAUACACGCAGACGCGGGCGCAGCAGACGCGGACGUCGACGCCGCCAGCAGCCGCCUCCAGAUCGUCGCCACCAGGUUUUCGACAGAAGUCCUGCAAGAGGUGGAAGACGAGGAUGAGGAGGACGAGUGGCAGGAGGCCCUGGACGGGGAGUGGUCAGUAGCGGCCAGCCACGGCCACGUGACCGCACACAGCCAGCCGCCGCCCACGCCGCCCAUACCGCCGCCCAUGGACGCCGCCCCAGCCAAGCAGCGGGUGGACGCCGCCGCCCAGCCGCCGCAGCCGGCCGUAGUGACCGCCGCCUCCGCCUCCGCCUCCCAGGACUCCACAGACGCCAGCGAGGAGUUCGUGCUGGCCGACGGGGGGCCCGACCACGUGCUGCUGCUCUCUGUCCCCCACCCGCCACAGGGGGGCACCGCCGAUCCGCACCUCGACGUCUCUACAGCUUCUGACGACACACCCGACGUCGUUCACCCGAACGUCACUCUACGACGGAAACCGGACAACGUCGAGGACGACACGUCCGAACUCAACGUGACGACCAUCAGCAUCGACGAAGACGUCUGCACCCGAGUCCCAGAUCAGACUUUGGUUUCCGAGUUGCGAGAUGCUCAACUGUCCGUGGACGCGGACGACGGACUGCGCCUAAGCGACAGUCCUACAAAAUGCGUGCAAGUGCUGACUAUCGUCAACGGCAAUGUUGACGACUCGGUCGAGCUCAUCAUCUCCGAGACGUCGGAUGACAAAACUGCGGUAGCGAUAGAAAGUGCGCUGCCCGUGAAUCGUACGGAUUGGACCGGAAUGGUGAGAGAUGGCCACGGAGCAGAAACGCCUACCGGGGUUGCGGCCUCUGGAACUCGUGAGGCACUCGCGUCACAGCUGCUUCUGGAAGUGGAAAAGCAAGAACACCCCACCUCGACCAACUGCGUCCAAGUCAUCAGCUGUGACAUUCAGCCGCCUGUAAAGGCCGAGAGAGGAAACUCAAAGGCUGAGACUACACAUUCAGACAACGAAUUGCAGCUAGGUGCGGGUGAGGUGGUUAAUGAUGAGGAUCUGAAUGUGGCGACUUCUAGUGAGAAAUAUGCCAACAGGGAAGAAGAGCCACUGUCAAACAACACUCUCGUUGCAAACGAAAUGGGCGUAUUUAGUGAGCGGCAGGUGGAGGACGUAGUUGUUGAUCACGAAGACACGGCUGCAGAAUACGAGAAGGCAAUAGUCGACAAUGUACAACCGAAGGAUUUGCAGAUAUCCUCCGCAAAAGAGAUUGCCAAUGAACUACAGCCUGAGUUGUCGUCGAAAGAUGGUGGCUCUGAAACGGAGGCUGCAGGACAGAAUCUAGAAGCAUCUUUAACCAAUGGAGGCCCUGUGACAGGAGAGUACACCAGACGGGACACUGUAGAUUCUGCAGGCGAUGAAGCGACACUCAGCGAGGAUGCGACAGUGACUGGAACUCUGACGGACACGGUUGUGCAGAAGCCCGUCCCACGUGCCAGGCGGAAGCCCCUAGCUGUGGACAACGUCAGGGCCACUUUGGACUUCCUGGCAAGUGAGGCAGCACACUCAGCGGCACUCAAUACAGGCCAACUGUCUGACAGUCGGGGAACCGAGGCACAAGAGGGCGCGAUUCCAGGAGAGGGCGGAGUGCAGCUGGUGGAGACGGACGCUGUGGCGUCGACAGAGGAUCUGAAGCAACCAGAGGGAGUACUCGACGCUGCAGAAGAAGGAGUGGCUGCAUCUGGCCAAGAAGGACAGUUACUCGGAGACCGUGGCGAGAGAGCUUUGCAAGUUGAGGAAAUGGUGGGGUCUCACGUAGAGGGUGACACUGCUUUGGCAGAAAGUCGAGAAAGUGGGGGCAGCUAUGGCACUGUCAGCGAAGAACUGCUGGGAACAGAGUCUUCAGAUCAGCUCCUUCAGGCUGAUGAAGAGGAAAAGGAAGAUAAUUUUACGGGAACAAGUUUAUUACCGAAUGAUAGCCAGACUGAACCUCAAACUCACACUUUCGAGCAGAGAGUAGAAACUAAGGCUAUGAUGGGAGACAAGCAGCUGCAGAACGAGACCGCAGCUUUCAUAGAACGGGAAAGAAGUGUAUUGCGGCCUGUAGAUGUGGCAGUAGAGGAGUCGGUCGAACAAGAGAAUAGGAAACUGCGAGAAGGUGUAGACAGCGGAUUGGGUAACGCUGGGAUGAAGGCAACAGAGAGCCAAAAAGAGGUUGAAGAAGUGCAGGAGCUGGCAGCAGUAGGAAAUGAUCGAGAGGUACAGCCAGAUGGGCAUCAGCUAGAGGAACACAGGUCACCUGCAGACAAUGACCAGGGGAAGGAUGAGAGGCAGUCGGAUGAGUACAAGGCACCAUCAGACGAGUUGGAGAAGAUUGGUACACUGCCUGGUCUUCAGCAGCUGGAGAUGGAGCAACAGUCAGAUGAGAGGCUGUCGAAAGAGAGUGGGAUAGAGGGAGAAAUGCGUCAAGUGGAGGAGCAAGACCAUUCUCAGUUGGAAGAUCGUGGGGUAUUACUGAAUCAUGAGCAGUUGGAGAACCAUUUGACACCUUUAGAUCCAUGCCUGUUGGAGGAAGAUGCAGUGCCAGCAGACGAGUGCCAAACAGAAGAUCUUGAGACAUUAUCAGCUCAUCACCAAUUCGAGGAUCUGGGGAAACCAACAGAUCACCUGGAGGAGCAAAGGACACUGGGAGGCAAACUCCGUGAAGAGGAACACGGGACACCACCAGACAAAGAACAGUCGGAAGAGUGCGCUACACUGCCGGAGACGCCGCAGUCGGAGGAUCUCGCAACACUACCGCGCCGGCGACCGUCAAAGGAGCAAGGGACGCCUUCAGACGAGGAUGAGUUGGAGGAGCAACGGCAACUAGAGUUGCAAGUGGCGUCGUCGAGCCAGCAGCAGCUGGAAGACCCUGGAACACCAGCAGAGGAGGCCGGGGUGGAGGAGCGCACGACGCCGGUGCCGGCAGACCGGCGGCAGGUGGAGGGCUGCGGCCCAGAGCCCGCCGCGAUGCACACAGGUAAGGGCCGAGCACUGCUGCCGACAUAG